CUGGCCCACCUCAGCGCUCGCCUGAGCAUCUGCUUGCAGCAACGCUUGCGCGUCGAAGUAGUGCAACGGCAGCCUCGAAGGUGAGUCUAAGCCCCCCGGGGCACCUCCACUCGCGAGCUGCGAAGUGCCAGCGACGUCAUGCGCAUCUGCCUGCCUCGUGUCUCAAUCGCAUAGAAAGUGCGAUAAAGACCUCGCCUCAGAAGAUGAGGCGCGAGAUGCGCUGCGAGGAUGAGAGGAGGUCAGAUGGGUCUUUGGGGGGUCAGUGCGCUGUGGCCUUCAUCGCUGCUGCGCGUUGCGGUCUGCGCCCUGCCUUGCCGUCUUGAGAAGCGGAGCCUACAUGAACGCGGCGGCAGCCCGGCUUGUGCCUCUCUCUGCCUCUCCUUGUUCCUCUUUGCUCACACACACACACACCACCCUUGCCCCAUGUCCUGCCUCGCCUCCUGUUCCGCCGCAGCAGCGCUUCUCUCGGCCGCAUCUCCAGCUCAGCCAUUGCUGUGUUCUCAUUGCUGCCUCCUCAGCCCCGCCUCAACUUCGAGCUCUUGCAGCGCAAGGCGCGGCGCCUCUCACCCCCGAACGGCGUCGGCAGCCCAGGCAGCGGCCGCCACUUGCCUCGCUUCCGCUCUGACGAGCGCCGCUUCUUCGUCGUCCUCUCCGUCCUCGUCUGCCUCGAACAGCAGCAGCAGCAGCAGCAGCAGCAGCA